AUGCAGAUGGAUGUAGAUAGAAUACACAGAAUAGAAUCAUCUAUUGGUCUCUCCUCAAAGGGCACAAUCAGAAAUCAUUAGGGCCAAUACAAGAAAAACAUGCACUCAAAAAACAAAUAUUUUUCAUUCUAACAAAUAUUUUUCAUUCUAAUUCACAAUACAGUAUGGCAUUAAAAAGAUUUUAGAAUAAUAACAACCCUUUCCAAAUAAUUAAGUACAAACUUUAAAUCAUCAUAUCAUACAUGGUGUACAUCUUUACUUACUUAAGGUUUUCUCAGUGAACCUUGACCUUUACUCAGCUUGAAAGCUUGAUGUUUUUAUGAUAAUUUACUAGGGGUAUUUAUUUAAGCACAACUGCACAAAGUGAGGCUUUAUUUUAUCUAUUAUACAGUCUUAUAACUGCUUUUCACAAGGUUUUAAGAGCUUUAUAUGUCAGCUUUACAGUGAAUAUGGUUAUAAGAAGUUAACAACUAAACAAUAAACAAAGAUAUGCUGUUGAGAACAGAAAAAAGAAACAGUUUUAAGACUUUUUGAGUCUAUCAGUAGAAGUUUGUAAGAAGCUGUGGAUAUAUAUAAGGAAAAUGAGCUGGUUAUGUUGAAAACAUAUUCAUUGGCACACAAAAUGGAACACACUAUACUGUUCUUUCUAGCAUGGCCAUGCCUGAUGCAUGUGGUCUAUGGAGCAAACAUUCUUCUUUAUCCAUUCAGCCAGGGGGUCAAUUCACGACUGAGAAACAUGGAAAAAAUGGCAGAUAUUUUACUCACAGCAGGACAUAACAUUAGUUUGAUAGCUAGUAGUAAAUAUCAUGAAGACCAAAGACAGAUCAAUCCCAGAAUUCAAGUGCUCAAAUUCGACAUUCCUGAGGACACGUACUUGGGUAAUGACCCGAUUUGGGCAGAUAUAGCUGUAAAUGGAACUGUAAUGGAUUUUCUAACUCAGUUCUCGAAAGUUCAAUUGACAUUCUGUGAAGGUCUACUGAAAAGUAGGUUGCUCUUGCGUAUAAAGAAAUCAAACUAUGAUGUAUGUAUCCUGGACUAUAUAGAUUAUUGUACAACUCUAGUGAUUGACUACCUCGAUGAUGUUCCAAUCAUACUGUACACAAAUGAAGGCUCAAUUUACCAAUCUAUCAUUACUGGCCCCAGGCACCCCAACCCUCUAUCGUUCGUACCAGAUAUAUUUCUUGGAUUCACUGACACAAUGGAUUUCUCCCAAAGAUUUGUAAACCUGUUUACUACAGUCUCAAUACAAAUUCUCUCAUAUUUUAACAUUCGAAAUUUGAUGGCAUUACGCGAUAAAUACCAGAUCAACACCACUGUUAAUGCAAUGUAUAGUGUCAGCGAGAGGGUAGAUAUGUUCUUCAGUAACAACCACAUUGCACUUGAUUACCCUCGCCCCCAUAUGCCAAAUCACAUUUACAUUGGGGGCCUAUAUCUAGAACCAGCCAAGUCUCUGAAUGCUAAAUUCCAAGAUAUUGUUGAUAAUUCUCAGGGUGUUAUCAUAAUUAGUCUUGGAUCAAUGGAUAUCCCUCCAUUGCCAAUGUAUCAGUUUGAAAAAAUGGCAGAAGUCUUCUCAAAUCUCCCUUAUACUGUGAUUUGGAAAUACAAAGGAAUCAAACCAAAGUCAACAGGAGACAACAUAUACUUGUCACCAUGGAUACCACAGAAUGACCUUCUUGGCCAUUCCAAGACUAAACUGUUUGUGAGCCACUGUGGUAUCAGUUCAACAUUUGAGGCAAUGUAUCAUGGGAUUCCUGUGCUUGCUUUGCCUCUUGGAACGGAUCAACCAUAUCACUCAAAGCAACUUACAAUAAGAGCAAAAAUGGCAAUUGAACUUGAUGCAAAAUCAUUUACUGCAGUUGAACUCAAUGAUGCAAUCCUUAAGCUUUUCAAUGAUGCUUCUUAUGCAGAAAAUGCUCAAAAGAUGUCAGGGUUGAUCAAAGAUAACCCACAGAAUAUUCGUGAAACAUUUCUCUAUUGGGUGAACUACACUAUUAGAUACAAGGGUGCCAAUCAUUUGAAAUCAAAGCCUCUGAAUGACUUGAAUUUAUUGCAAUACUUUUGCUUGGAUGUUAUAGCAUUGGUUAUUACAAUUCUCGGAAUAGCACUUUUAAUUACCUUUUGGUUUUGUAAACUCCUCCUUUCUAAGGUAAGAGGGAAUGUGAAGAAAAAGAAAGAGUAAUCAAUACACAAUGUACUCAAAUGUCCAGUUUUAAUGGAAAGAG